AUGCUAAUCAGUAAUGAUGAACAACAACUGAAGUCUGUUGCAGAUCGAAUAUCUCACGAGUACAAUGUGAAAACACGAAUUGUUGUAGCAGAUUUCACAAAAGAUAAUUUUCACCAAAUCAUCAAACCAGAAGUUGAACAACUAUCCACAAUCGCCUGUUUAGUCAAUAAUGUUGGUAUGCAAUUACCGUUGACAUUCUUUGCUGGACAAAUUGAUUCACCCAACGAACAAUCCAUCACAAAUAUCAUACAUUGUAAUGCUCUGUCAACAGCAACAAUGACACAUUUAGUUCUACCGAAAAUGUUAACACAGAAUGGAUCGAAUCCUGGCAUUAUCAACAUCGCCUCAUAUUCUGCACUCAGAACUACUCCCUAUUUGGCAAUGUAUACCGCGACCAAAGCAUUCAUUAUUCAAUUUGCCAAAUGUCUUACUGCUGAGAAAUAUACCAAAAAUGAUAUUAUCAUACAAACAUUGUGUCCAUUGAUUGUUUACACUAAAAUGACUAGCAAUGAGAAAUUAUCCAUUUUAAAUCCAACAGCUAAACAGUUUGCUAAAAGUGCAUUGGAUAUGUUCGGUGUUGUCCAGCUAACCACUGGUUCUAUUCGUCAUGAAUUGAAAGCCUAUCUUUUCAAUUUAUUACCAACCCCUGUAUGGAUAUUGUUGACAGAGUCCAGGAUUAUGACAUCUGGUGUUAACUGCAUCAUAGAGAAUUGGUGGUCACUGUUCCAAACACUGAUCGUCAGUUGGAUAAUUUUCAAACUACUACAACUACUCACAAUCUACUUAAAAUACACUGUUGGCAUUUAUUAUUUCUCAAAACGAAAAUCACUACGAAAAGCUGGUGAAUGGGCAAUCGUGACUGGUGCAUCAGCAGGAAUUGGUGAGGCGUAUGCAGAAGAACUUGCUAGUGAGGGUCUCAAUCUCAUGUUGAUUAGUAAUGAUGAACAACAAUUGCAGUCAGUUGCUGAUCGAAUAUCUCGUGAGUACAAUGUGAAAACACGAAUUGUUGUAGCAGAUUUCACAAAAGAUGAUUUCCCUAAAAUAAUCAAACCUGAAAUUGACAAAUUAACCACAAUUGCUUGUCUAGUCAAUAAUGUUGGAAUGAUAUUACCUUAUGGAUUAUUUGCCGGAGAAAUUGAGUCCCCGGAUGAACAGUCCAUUAGAAAUAUUAUUCAUUGUAACACUUUAUCAACGACAUUGAUGACAAGUAUCGUUUUACCGAAAAUGUUAACACAGAAUGGUGAAUCAAAUCCUGGCAUAAUCAAUAUUGGUUCAUAUACAGGUUGUAAAGCAUUUCCAUUUAUUAGCAUGUAUUCCGCGACAAAAGCAUUCAUUAUACAAUUUUCCAAAUGUCUUGCCGCUGAAAAAUAUCCAAAGAAAAUUAUCAUACAAACAUUGUAUCCAUUAUUUAUCUCAACAAAAUUAGUGAAUUAUGUCAAAACAUCAUAUUUCACACCGACACCACGAGUGUUUGCUAAAAGUGCCUUGGAUAUGUUUGGUGUUGAAGCAAUAACCUGUGGUUAUUUUCCACAUGAGCUGAAAGCACUAGUUUAUAAUUUAAUACCAACCACAUUAUGGGUGAAAUUGAUCGAAAGAUUAUUUGAUCCGAAGAGACAAAAACACCAUAACAAGAACAACAGCAAGGCUGAUUGA